AGGAUGCAGGAUCCGCCUUUGUGGGAACAGAUAGGCACUGGCUUCGUGCGGCACUACUACCAGUUGUUUCAAAGUGACCGAGCAAAACUUGCUGACCUGUAUAUUGCAGAGUCAUUACUAACCUGGGAAGGGGAAAAAAUCUUUGGAAAGGAUGCGAUUACCAAGAAACUCCUUAAUCUGGGCAUCAAAAAAAUUGGUCAUACUAUUACAGCACAUGACCAUCAGCCAACCACAGACAGCUGCAUCUUGAGUAUGGUUGUGGGGCAACUAAAAGCUGACAAUGAUCAAAUCAUGGGUUUUCAUCAGAUUUUCCUCCUGAAGGAAAUAAAUUCUGCAUGGGUGUGCACCAAUGAAAUGUUCAGGCUUGCUCUUCACAACUUUGCCUGA